CCUGUUGGUGGGUUGGCCAGUGUUCGCCUGAUAACUUUCCUUAGCAUGCAGAGGAGUCACAAAGCAGUGUCUGAGUCACAAAGCUUUUGCGGGAGAGUUGAUCAUCAUACAGUAGUCUCUCCGGUGAUUUUAAAAGGUUUGGCUCGAAAUGACGACCCAGCAGCCCCCUCUCUCCCAGGAGAUUCUGGCUCAGUGUAACCAGCAGGCCAUGGAACCAUGGGGCUCCCGGAAGCUUCGCCAGAGCCGCCAAGGCUCCAUCUCCACCCUCCGCAGCUCCCUGUCUAGGGACCAACAGCAGCAGCAGCAUCCCCGGUACCCUCUUCUACUCCCAAGGGGCUUCCUCCCUAUCGAGUCCUCAUCCAGGAGGCCCAAUAUCAGCAACCCAAACUCCCCUUUCAUACGCCGGGACUUGGUCGCCCUGACCAAGCGUUUUUCUUUUGGCGGUUGGCUUCAGGGCAGUCGGGCCAGUUUCUCUGGGUUGCCCCUCCAUCAGCCUGUCCAGCUAGAGAACACCUAUAAGACUGAACCAGAGAAGGGAUGUCUUUUUAAAGCCAGUAAGGUCCAGAAGCUUGUGCAAGCCAUGCUGGAUAGUUAUCUGGAUGGGGCCAGCUAUAACGCAGCCUCAGGCAGCCAUCUUAGCCAGAUUCUGUCAGACAUGGUGAAGAGCAAAGUGAAAGAGAUGAGUCCUCCGCGGUACAAGCUGGUGUGUCAGGUGGUGGUGGGGCAGAACAGGAACCAGGAUCUACGAGUGGCCAGUCGCUGUCUUUGGGACUCGCAACAUGAUGACUUUGCAGUUGCCAUGUUCCAAAACCAUUCUCUUUUCACAUUGGUCAUAGUCCAUGGAGUUUAUUGUGAGUGAGUCGUACGCACUGGCAACUGAACAAAAAUAUAAAUGCAACAUGUAAAGUGAUGGUCCCAUGAUUCAUGAGCUGAAACAAAAGCUCCCAGAAAUGGUCCAUAGGCACAAAAAGUUUAUUUCUGACUACAGGAAUGUCCACCAGAACUGUUGCCAGAGAAUUUGAUGUUUAUUUCACAAGCCUCCAGAAACAUUUUAAAGAAACUGUCAGAAAUUUUCUCAGGAAAGCUCAUCUUCGUGUUCAGCGUAGUAACCGACUACAGUGGGCAAAUGCUGACCUUCGAUGGCCACUAGAACACUGGGGAAGGGUGCUCUUCACCGAUGAAUCCUGGUUUCAACUGUACCGGGCAAAUGGCAGUGUGUAUGGCUUGGUGUGAGCGAGCAGUUUGCAGAUGUCAACAUUGUUUACAGAGUGUACCAUGGUGGCGGUGGGGUUAUGUUAUGGGCAGGCAUAAGCUACGGACAACGAACAAAAUUGCAUUUUAUCAAUGGCAAUUUGAAUGCACAGAGAUACCAUGACAAGAUCGAGGCCCAUUGUC